GAGUUUCAGUUUGUCUUUUCUCCCCGUGAUAUUAUUGCAGGGGAAUGAUAAUUAGACCUUUAGAAAUCCAAAGGGGCUCUCUUGCUCUCUUCCCUCUCUCAUUUCUCUUCUCUCUUUCUCUCUCUCUCUCUCUUCCUCCCUCCCUCCCUUCCUCCCUCCCUCUCUCCCUCUCUCCCUCCCUCUCUCUUGCUCCCUCCCUCUCCCUUUCUCUCUAACUCUGAUGUUGGCAAAGGGGGUUUUCUUAAUCAGACUGUUUUUUGGUCCCAGGGAAAGGAGGAAGAAGGAGAUUGUGAUGGAGAAAGGGGGUCUGUGAAACGUCAGGCACAGCACAAAGGCUUUGCCACGUAAUUACAGGCUCCUAUUAAGUCGAGAUCUGCCCUCCCAGGGGUCUCCAAUUUUCUUGUAUUCCCUACAAAGCCUCCUCUGCAUGCCAGUUUGUGCCUUUUGAAGUGCCAGAGAGCUUCUUGAUCCAACUGAGAAGGAAAAAGGAGCCCAGCAAGAAGAGGGGGAGAGAGAGAAGGGAAAGGGGGGAACCCACCAGCACCCUCCGUCGGACUCUUGAAGCCUUUUUUUUUUAAUUCUUAAUUUUUUUUUUUUUUUUUACUCUUUACAAAAAGUAAAGUGAGAAUCCUGCUCUCUAAUACAUCUGCAAGACAUCACCCUCUCCUCCUGAAACUUUAGUCACUCCUGAGAAUCCACAGGAGUGCCGAGAGGGGGGAACACGUUUUCUUGAAGAUGUUUUAAAGCUGGAACAAGCCUUCUUCUGUUGGUGCUUGAACUCUUGCCUGGGAAUAACUUUUUUAACCUUUAAAAAAACCAUUCACUUUGAUUCUUCUCUCCCACCCCUUCUUCUCUCUUCUUCUGUUUGCCUAACUCCCCCGCCCUGCUGGCCUCCGCUUUCCUCUCUCCCCCUUAUUAUUAUUUUUAGUCUGUGCGUGUGGACACUUUUGGAGAGUUGGAAGGGGUUUUUUUCUCCUGACUUGAACAUAGGGUGACUUUUUAAUAUUGUAUUUUAGUGUGGAUUAUCUCUUUGGACCGCGCCGGACUUGGCCUCAGGAAAGCAACCAAGGCUGCGGAAGGCGGCUGGUGCAGAACGCUCUGCUCUACAGAAGGGGGUCCCCCGCCCUCUUUUCCAAUUUUUUUUUUUUUUUUUGGCCUUCCUCUCCUUCCCUCCCUCUUCCUCCCUCUCUCUCUCUCUCUCUCCACUACCCCCCUCUUUCUUCCCCACUCGGCUCCUCUCCCCCCUCGCGCCCACAGCGUUUGGUGUUGAUUCGAGCGGGAAGAGGGGGGUGGGUGGGAUCGGUGGGGGAGACCAUGACCUCCAGCUACGGGCACGUUCUGGAGCGGCAACCGGCGCUAGGCGGCCGCUUGGACAGCCAGGGCAACCUCGACACCCUGCAGGCGAAAAAGAACUUCUCCGUCAGUCACCUGCUAGACCUGGAGGAAGCCGGGGACAUGGUGGCGGCACAGGCGGAUGAGAACGUGGGCGAGGCUGGCCGGAGCCUGCUGGAGUCGCCGGGACUCACCAGCGGCAGCGACACCCCGCAGCAGGACAAUGAUCAGCUGAACUCAGAAGAAAAAAAGAAGAGAAAGCAGCGAAGGAAUAGGACAACCUUCAAUAGCAGCCAGCUGCAGGCUUUGGAGCGUGUCUUUGAGCGGACACACUAUCCUGAUGCUUUUGUGCGAGAAGACCUUGCCCGCCGGGUGAACCUCACCGAGGCGAGAGUGCAGGUGUGGUUUCAGAACCGAAGAGCCAAGUUCCGCAGGAAUGAGAGAGCCAUGCUAGCCAAUAAAAACGCUUCCCUCCUCAAAUCCUACUCAGGAGACGUGACUGCUGUGGAGCAGCCCAUCGUACCUCGUCCUGCUCCGAGACCCACCGAUUAUCUCUCCUGGGGGACAGCGUCUCCGUACAGCGCCAUGGCUACUUAUUCUGCCACAUGUGCCAACAAUAGCCCUGCACAGGGCAUCAACAUGGCCAACAGCAUUGCCAACCUGAGACUGAAGGCCAAGGAAUAUAGUUUACAGAGGAACCAGGUGCCAACAGUCAACUGAGGAAAAAAAAUAAUUAAACAGGCCUAAGAAGAAAUCAAAAACCAUAAGACACCUAUCCUGCUCUGUUAUUUCUUCAUCUGCUGGGGGAAAAAAGUAAAUUACAAACAAACAAAGCAGAACUAAAAUAUUGGGACCAUGGCAGAGAAAAGCAGGAGAGGAGCAAAAUGAAAAUUAGUUAACAAAUGUUCCUCCUCCCUCUGGGAUACCACCACCACUUGUUUCUGUGUGUGUUUAUUUUGUUUUUCUUUCUAUUCAUGCUUUGCUUAAUGUACUCCAGGCUUCUUCAGCUAGGUUCAGCCCACCCACCCCCAUGAUUGUAUGAAGUUUUAAAAAAAACUACAGCAGCCAAAGAAACCAUAUAUAUAUAUCCAGAAUGAUUGCCUCUACUGUCCUCAUUGACUUGUUUGAACCUUAGUGCCUUACCCUGUCCUCUUCCCAGUUCUCUUUAUAGAAGCUCUAGGAGCUUUUGAAAAGCCAAAGUCUUUCUAAAGAAUCUGUGCUGGACAGACAUAAUUCCCUUUCUCAUUGUCUCCAUCUUUGUUGGUCAUGGUAAGGUUUUUCCAUCAGCCUCUGAAAAAAUAGUUGUGCACAACAUCUGGUCACUGGACUGUCUGAUCCAAUGUAACUGGCUGCGUCUGGCUGAUUCUAAGCACUAAAGUCUACAUCUAAGCUAUAGAUUUAAGCUUGAAGCUACAGAUUAUAUCACUAUCACCACCACCCCUCACCCUACGCAAUCAAUCAAUCAAUCAUCUUAAGUUAAAGAUAUUUGUUGUCUUUGAAUGAUUUGCUGUCACAGACUAUUUGGUAGAAGAAAUAUUUUUCACCUGAGAGAGGAAGAGAAAUUUCUCUACUAACACAAAGAGUGAGUUCUAAAAGGCAUGCCCACAUCUCUUCCGUGCCUUAAGGAUAGUGAGAUGCACACUUAUAUAUAUACUGUAUAUAUUUAUAUAUUUAUAUAUAUAUUUCAUAUAUAUAUAAUAUUGCAAGCUUAAGUUUGCAAUUUCCCAAACAAUACAAAAAGCAAAUUACACACCAUCACCACUGUUCUUAUCUCUAUAGCGAUGAGACAUUAAUUAGGGAUCUUGCUGCUUUUCUUUUUCUACACGAAGUUUUCAUUAAAGCCACAGAAUAAUUGAUAGGGCAGCUGUUUGAGAACAGGUCCCAUUUUCACAUUAGGGCUUUAAAUGAAUUAGAAACUAUUUGAGGCUAUAAAAAUGUCCUUGAGUUUGGAGCCUGAGCUCUGGUGAAAUGCUGAUACAUCUGAUCUAUCAUGGGAAUUGCAGUUAGAGAGAGUAAGGAAUACCAUUUAGUCAUCUAUCCGUUCUUCACUUAGCAGGAAUAUGAAAGAAAGGCACAUGUUUAAGAGGAAUACCUAAAGGUUUUUCUAAAUUCCAACAUUUAAAAGGCAAUUGUGGGCUAUUUUUAUUUUUUAAUAUUUUGAAAUAAAGUUUAGUGUCUAGGGCUGGGAACCAGGACUGAUCUUUCAUUUCUUUUUCUUUGUUCCCAGCCAUGCUUUUGUAACUUGCCAGGUGGACUUGACCAACUACAUUACCAUGCUGUGCCUCAGUUUACCCAUUUGUAAAAUGGGAUUAACAAUACUUGCCUACCUCACAGGGGUGUUGUGAGGCUCUAUUCAUUUGCUCCUUUAUUCUUUUCUGUAUUCUCUGUAUGUCCAGCACUUUGUAGCCAUGGGAGGAAAGGGACUAUAAAAGUGUUCAAUGUUAAUGGAAUGAUGAGGUACCUGAAAGCCUUGUUUUCUAGUAAGAAAAUGCUACCUUGCUGUACAUACUUAUAACCUUGUAUUUGGAAAUGAGAAAUAGGUUUAUAUUUUCAGAUCUCUCAAAAAUCACAUCAUUUGACCAAACAAUAAUUUAAGACACAUAGAAUCGAUUUUUUUAAUUUAUAUUUUCAUCCUGACCAGCUUAGUUCUAAUAAUUUUUAGUUGUGAGUGAUUAAAAAACUUUGGAUCAAUUUUGGUCAAACAUGCCAACUUUGUAGUCUGAGUGACAGGCAAGGAUUUUGGGGUUUAAGAUGCACUUUUAGCACACAUUUGUAUUUCCCUUGGCAUAUCAGAUUGAGCUAAUGGUGAUGUUAUUUCAAUCUAACAGCCACCGAUCUGAAAUUGUAUUUCAAAUGUUGAUUCUGUAGUUCUUUAAAUAAUAAUGAAGCUCAUCUUAUACAUUUUGCUUUCACCAAUUGAUUCCUUCUUCUUUUAACCCACUAUUAAAACAUUUCUUACUGAAUGGUUCAUGCAGGUUUGCUGAACAGCACGCAUUACUUGCUUCCUGAAGAGUUCCCCCAUUCAUCCAUUUGUCCCAUUAGUUGCUGUGGAUUAUCAAGUUUUGAAGGAACAGUACACCCCAACAGACUGAAACAUUCUAAGUGAAAUGAGUAUAAUCCAAGAAACUGGUGAACUUUGGAGGUUUGGAGCUUGGAGAGAAUGGUUAAGAAGAUUUGAAUUACAGGGAGGGAACAGAAAUCAUACAUGAAAAGGUUUUACUGAGAAGGGGAAAACCUUAGAUAGAGGGACAUGUGAAACAAAAUCAUUUGAAAUUUUGAUUCAGACAUCCAUUUCCAGUGGCAAACAGCAAAGCCUGAACCCAUAAACCCAAAUGAUAGGUGAAAUUGGGUGGUUUUAUCCAAUGUCUCAAGCAAGCAAUGUCUGGGAAUAUCAUAGAGUAACCAGUGCUGGUCAGCCAAAGAAACAUUCACUGCUGGUGAACCAAUACCAUAAGCAUGUAUUAUCUAAGCACUUGAUCAAGAAAUAUACAUGUUGUACAAGCUCUCAAUUUUGUUCAUUUAUUAUCAAUUUUUUAAAAUACAAGUUUGGUAUGUGAUUUGGAAAAGAUGCCUUCUGGAUCUUAAGCCAGUUGUCAGUGGAGGUCCUCAGGGCCGCAAAUGUCAAGACAUAUCCCUGUUCCUCACCAUCAUGAUACCAGAUACAGGUGAAUACAUAGGAACUAUCUGCCUGUGUCCUCAAUCUCCCUUCAAACAAGAUGCUGAUUUGUAGGGUACUUGGCAGGUUAAAUUAAACCGGAAGAGGUGACUUAAUAAAAAAGGGAAUGACAUUUAGGGUAUAAAGAUCUCAUAAGAAAUGUAAUAUGUAAAUUAUAUCUUGCUUUAUGUUGUAAAAUAUACAUUGUUUGCGCUAGAAUAGAAAUGAUUUCUUUUCAAUAAAAAGAAAGAAGGACACUA